AUGGUCCUCCUGCACCUGUCAAAUGCCUCUCAGUGCCAAAUAUCUACUGUGAACGUAUCUUUGAUCAUUGCGAAAACAUCGAUUCUGAUCUUGGAGCUACAAAGCAAGCGCUCGAUUCUUCGUGAACCAUGGCAACACUUAUCGCUCGAGGAAACAGAAAGUGUUUUCAGUCAAUCAUUCUACUGGUGGGUCAAUCCUUUACUAAGAAAGGGAUACUCUGAGCUUCUCACGCUUGAUACCAUUCCUUCCAUUCCAACUGGUAUCUCUUCGGACGUGUUGCGGGAGAGAAUGAAGACGUGCUGGGAGGGUCGAUCCAAACCUGAGAAGCGAUACUCUCUUGCAUGGUCGUUAAUGCAAUGUACCAUCUGGGACAAUUUACGAGUCAUUCCAUACAUGAUAUCUGCCAUUGCUCUUCGUUAUGCGCAACCAGUUUUGAUUUCCCAAUUGAUUCGCUUCGUCACCAAUCCUCCGGCUGAUGAUCAUCGCCAGAUCCAGGCACUCAAGUUGGUUCUUGCAGUUGUCACAGUUUACUUUGGCUUGGCAAUUUUGAAUGGCAGGAGAGAUUCUGCAAAGCGCAGAGUUGUUGUCGCAGCAAAGGGAUCAUUGAUCUCUAUUAUCCAUGAAAAAGCCCUGAGGUCCAAGAAUGAUGACCAUUCUGCUAUCACACUCAUGGGAAAUGACGCCGAAGAUGUUCCAAUGGCCAUGGGAUGGUUACAUACGCUUUGGUCUUCCAUACUAGCAUUUGCCUUGGGGCUGUAUCUACUUACCUCUAAGCUCGGCUGGUGCGGAAAAUACGUUUCCAAAAAUUUUGUGGGCACGCAAAGAACCUGGAGUGAUGCAACCCAGACAAGAAUUGGCCUGAUCAAGACAAUCCUAGAAAACAUUAAAAGCAUAAAGAUGAUGGGAUUUAUCCGAGAGAUGGAAGCUAAGGCCGAGGAAGCGCGAGACAAUGAACUAUCAGCGGGCCUUGCAACGUACUGGCUCGACGUUCUUCUGGCUGGAUGUGCCAGCUUCUUGAAUGUUGUUGGUCCCGCAAUUACCCUCGGAAUCUACACCAUAUCCGCCAAAUGGACCGGUGGUGCCCCCCUCGACACAGAUCGCGUGUUUACUUCGUUCGCUUUGAUUCAGAUGGUAACGCUACCAGCAAACUCAAUCUUGUUCGGUCUCCCGGAUUUCAUCGCAGCCAUUGCUGGGCUUGACCGGAUACAGAAGUAUUUACUCGAACCAGAGCAUGAAGAUAAGCGCCUUUCAUCCUACGUUGAGAACCAAGAUAUACUCCCAUCGCCGUCGAGUAGUGUCCAAAAGGACAGCCAAAACAUCAGCGUGAGAUCUGUGGGCUCUAAUGACGAUCAUGCGAUCGUACUUGAGAGCGCGACACUCCGAUAUCACGAUGAAGGCCGAUCAGUCUUGAACCAGAUUGACUUGAAAAUCGAGACCGGGUCGCUAGUUGCGGUUGUCGGCGUGGUAGGGUCAGGAAAAACGACUCUUGCAAGAGCUAUUCUCGGUGAACUACCGCUUAACAGCGGAAGUGUUUCAACUUCGUCAAGGAACAUAGCCUUUUGUGCUCAAACCCCUUGGUUACGGAAUGGCACCGUCCGAGAUAUUAUUGCUGGCCCUCCUGGAUCCACUGUUACUGAUGAAGAUUGGUACCGACGGGUUCUAUAUGCCUGUGAUCUCGAAUAUGAUCUUGCAAAACUGCCAAAUGGUGACAAGACUCUAGUUGGAAAUGGAGGAAGUUCCAUUUCGGGAGGUCAGAAGCAACGCGUGGCGCUGGCGAGGGCCAUUUAUUCCCGGCUCGAUGUCUUGAUUUUGGAUGACGUGCUGAGUGCUCUUGAUUCACGGACAACGGAACGCAUCAUACAAAGACUAUUUGGCCCAAUUGGACUCCUCCGCCAAAGAAAUAAGACAGUUAUUCUUAUCACACAUCAAACCCAGUUUUUGAAACUAUUCGAUCGGAUUAUCACCUUGGGUGUCGAUGGCUCCAUUUCCGAACAGUACCAGUUCUCAACAGAGCAGUACGAAUUCUCAACAAGAGCGCUCAUGAGUGCACAGACUCCUGAAGAUAUCUGCAUCAUUGACGAGCAAUUCGAGACGAGUAGAAACGCAGAAGGUGCUGCUCCGGUCUCUGGCACUUCAUCACCUCAGAGAUCAAUGGAUGAGGUUCGAAAAGUUGGAGAUAGUGCUGUCUACCAGCACUAUGCCCAAGCGAUUGGAAAGUUUAGAUUAAUGGUUGUUUUCUUCAUCAUGAUAUCUUCCGCAACCUUUGCCAUGAUCAUCCAGAAUUGGCUUCGUUGGUGGACAGCCGAUGAGAACGCAGCGCAACGAACAUGGUUCUACCUCUCGCUAUAUCUCGUUUUCGCUAUCGGUCACUGGUUAUCUCUGACCGGAAUCAGUACAGUUUCAUUACUGAUUGUUCCCACAUCCGGUCGCUCUCUACAUAGUCAAUUGCUGAAAACUGUCAUGGGUGCCCCACUGUCCUUCAUUACAACCACCGACAUCGGUACCACACUUUCAAGAUUCAGCCAAGACAUGAAGCAGAUUGAUCGUCGUCUCCCUAGCCAAGUUGCCGCGCUAGGCAGCCAGGCGUUCAAAUUGCUAGCUCAGAUCAUUCUGCUCUACAUGGCCCAAACAUUCAUGUUGCUCACACUUCCAGUUCUGCUUCUCUCCGUCUACGUCAUCCAGAAGAUUUACUUAUACACCAGUCGUCAGCUUCAGUGGCUGGCCAUGGGAGCGAAUUCUUUGCCCAGCAAUAACUUCCUGGAGACCGUCCAUGGAAUAACCACAAUUCGUGCUUUUGGCUGGAGCGAAGCCUAUGCACUGGAUAAUAUGAACGCCCUAGAUACCGCACAAAAGCCAUCCUACACACUUCUCGCAGUUGAACAGUGGCUCACCCUGGUGCUGGAUUUGAUCGUAGCUACUAUGGCUCUCAUCAAUGCAGUCCUCAUCGUCAUCCGCACAGAUGUCACGCCUGGAGAGGUCGGCAUUAUCAUGAACGUGCUACUGGCAGUCAACGGUGUUCUCCUGAUAACAGUCAAGUCAUGGGCAAACUUCGAUGCUUCUCUCGGGGUGGUAUCGCGAAUCCAGAGCUUUACGGCGUCCGUCAUUCCUGAGUCCGAGCCAACAUCGACGGAGGAGCACUUACUACCCGCAUCAUGGCCAUCAGAAGGGGUAGUCCACAUGAAGAACAUUGUUGCCCGGUAUGACACCCAGGAGGACCCCUCUACUAUGACAAAUGCUCUCGAUCAUGUCUCUCUGGAUAUAAUGCCAGGUCGUACGAUUCGCAUCUGCGGACGAACAGGCAGUGGCAAAUCCUCGCUACUCCUCAGUAUUUUACGUCUGCUCGAUCUCUCCGAGGGCUCGAUUACGAUUGACAAUAUCGAUACAACGCGUAUAUCACGAGAAAUUCUUCGUUCCCGUCUGAUCACCAUUCCGCAAGAUCCAUUUAUUCUCCCGAACGACUCUAUCCGGGACAAUCUCGAUCCACUAGGAAUAGCCUCUAGCGACGAGAUAUGUACUGCCCUGGAGAAGGUCCAUUUGCGAUUCGAGCUCGAUUCCAAAGCUUCCAACAUCGGGCUCACACCAAGUCUCUGUCUUGAUGUGUCAAUGAAAGAAUGGCCUUUGUCUCACGGCCAAUUGCAGCUCCUUUCACUUGCGCGUGCUCUGUUGCUGCGAUCUUCGCGUGGAAAGGUUGUUUUGCUUGAUGAGGCAACCAGUAAUGUUGAUACGAAGACGCAUUUGCUUAUACAAGAGGUUAUCCGCCAAGAAUUUCAGGGAUAUACUGUGAUCAUGAUAGUACAUCGGCAGGAAGGCGUUCCGGAUACAGACACUGUUGUUAUGAUGGAUCAAGGGCACAUCGUCGACUGA